UUCUUGUUUCAGAAUAUGCACAGGUUCUUUACAAAACCAGAUGAGCCACUUCUUGAUCUACAAGAGGACUUGACUGGGACUGUUAUGGGGACGGUGCUGAGAGGAAUUCUUCCCAGGAGUUACAGGAUUCAUCCUCUCCGUUCUUUGCGAUUCUCUCAAACACCAAGCAGCAGAGGAAUUACCAACGACUUCGACAAGAGACUAGCCAAUAGAUUCAGUUCUACAACUUUAUUGAUUGAGGAAGCAAGAGAACAGAGAAUACAAACCGAUGGCUCGAUCCUAGCUUUCAUAGAAGCAGCCGAAGAAGCUGGAAUCGUUAAAGCGAGAGUGUAGAGACGAAGGGAUAGGGUUGAAUUGAACUUGAAUAAGUAGCGUCUGAAGAAACAGAAUCGAUAAGGAAAAUGGCACGAAGGCGAACAUUUACUUGGCGUCGAUUGCCGCCAUUGAAGCAUCAAGCUUAAAGUUGCAAUGAUUGGAGUUGAAAUGGCAUGAAAAUCAU